CAGAGAGAGAGAGAGAGAGAGAGAGAGAGAGAGAGAGAGAGGGGAGGGAGGGAGGGAGGGAGCGAGGAAGGAUUAAAGCCCGUUUUGCGGCGAAGUAACUGUCGGAGAGCAAGAUGACUAGUGGUAGUGGGUGCGAGUCUGGUUGGACUUUCUACCUGUACGGGUCGUCUUUCUCUUCCGAGAAAGUUUGUGGCGGUGGCGGUGGCAGCAGCAGAAUCCUAGAAAGUUUCGGAGUAAAAGAAGAGGAAGGAGGAGGAGACAGUUUGUCAAUGGUCUCUGACGCGUCGUCAGGACCUCCGUGUUAUUAUGUGGACGAGCCUUCCUUGUCCUCUUCCUCUGCUUGCGGCAAAAAGAGAUCGAAGAAGCCUGAAAGUGCCGCGAGGCGUGGCCAUUCGUGUUUUGAGGACACUGCUACUUCCCCACAACUGAACUCUCCCAAGAAGAGCUUAACAAAUCUCUCGAAGAAUCAAGUGUCGGCCAGCCAUGUUUGGGACCCUUCAGAUAGUUACUCUGUGGACCGCGUGAAGGGAAAGCACCGUGAUUCCUUGGAGUCCUCUCAGGACGAGAGAGUGAGACAGCUCAGGAAAGCAGCGAAAGGCCUCUCGAAGAGUUCAGCUUGACAUUUCAGUUCAGGAAUCGGUGAAAUCAAUUAAAUUCACAGGAGAAAUUAUGUAAGCUCUACGCGUUUUAUGGGCUGAGAUGGAACUUCUUUAUUGCAGUGCAUGUAGUCUUCGUUGUUUUUGUCUGUCAGCUACCUUCAAAAGGCAGCUUCCGCAGUUACGUUGUAGUAAGCAAAAGGGAGAAGAAAAAGAGAAAUUGUCGAUGCAGAUUUCGUAGAGGCGAAACAUGGUUUGAUCCGAAGAGGACACUGAAAUUUUGUUGGACCGUCCCGUCUCUUUAUCUUCCUGUGGAUCUCAUGUAAUCAUUUCUGCCCCUUUCAUUUACUGGGAAAUGGAAUGAAAGGAAGUAUGUCUUGCAUCUUUCUGUCCCCACCUUGGGGAACAUCCUCAGAAGUUGAGCAUGCAUGGAGAUGACAUACGACACAGUUUUUAAUUGUAA